AUGGUGCUUGCUGUGUUAAUUGUGGCAUUUGCUCUCACAGCUCAGUCAUACGACUUGAUGGUGUACCUAAUACCCCAUGUAUUGCCGUCAUGGGACAACAACCGGUCAAUACUUUGGAGUAAUUGGGAUUUGAUGGUGAGGACAAUCGACCUGGUGAUGGCUGGGCAGACUGUACACUACGCGGUGCCAGAGUUUUAUAUGGACAUGGAAUUUGACGAAACGAAAACAUUUGGCGAAAGAAUGAAUUCGAACAACCUUGUUUUUCUGAGCACUUCUUCUGAUAUUAGUGUGUUGGAGACGACCAUCGUUAAGUAUUUAUCGAACGAAGAAGGCAGAGGAGGCCGCGGACUUGGGCUUUUGUUCCAAAAAACAGCGAGUGGGGAGUGUCUUGGAAAUGCAUCAAACGACACGAUAACUUCACUCAAUAAGUUGAAUGAGAAAUUUCAAAACUAUAAAAAUUACAUUGGGAUGGACGUGAUGGAUUCCUCUGUGUUCGAGACCUAUGACGCGCGAAAUGACAACUGGGCUUUGUUUCCCCCACUUAGAGCGAUUCACUUUAAUUACUUUAAUUCACUUUCAGACCAAAAAGUCGACAGUGCUAUUCAGUUAGCCAAGAAAUUUAACACUUCGGUAUCGAUAGAUAUCAGUGAUAUGUCAACGGAAUUCUUUGCGACAUGUACCGUCUUUUUGGAAAUCAUACAGAAAAUUCAAAACCAAGGACUUCAGUUUAAGUUGCUCAUUAACAGGUCGAUGUGGCUCCAAGAGUCUGGAUCGUUUUAUGGAUUUAUCAGCUCCGCAAAGCAGUGCCUUGACAGGAUAUUAUUCUGA